AGUCGGUGCGUGUCUGAACGCGCUCCUGCAGGAGAUGCUGAGCCCAGAGUGAUGGGAGACAGCAGGAGGACAAACAUCCGGAUAGCACAGAUGUGAAGAUGGCAUCUUGCCCGGAGUUGUGUGGCUCGGAGUACGGUGACGGAGGUCCUCAGCGCUACGGCGUUCGCUCCUACCUGCACCAGUUCUAUGAGGACUGCACCUCCUCCAUCUGGGAGCGUCACAAUGACGAGUUCCAGACACAGAGAUCGCCCAGCCGGUGGAGCUCUGUCCUCUGGAAGGUGUGUGUGGCAGUCGGAGUGGUGAUCUUGGUCUCAGGUCUGUCGGUGCUGCUGGUGGGUUAUGCCACGCCCCCACGUCUGGAGGCGUUCGGAGAGGACGAAUUGCUGUUCGUAGAUGGCCGAGCUGUGCGCUUUAACCGCGCCCUGGAUGCCUGCAAACUGGGCGGAGCUGUGCUCUUCUGUGUGGGCGGAGCCGGUGUGGCAGCCGGUCUCAUAUUGUUGGCUGUCUGCGGGCAGGGUGGAGCCAAAGACGAGCUCCACCGCCAGCGGCGCUUCAAAGAGCGGCUAGCAGAGAUCCAGGCGUCUGUUCCUAACUCGGGAGAUGCCAAAGUUCCUGUCACGCUGUCCAAAGUCCAGAACAUCCAACCUGGCUCUGAACCCUGACCUCCCGAACAUUUCAUUAUUAUACAAUACAUCAACAUGAUAUUUUAGUAGAGCAGCACACAUUAAAGCUGAAGAAUGCUUCACCAAUCACAGUUCAGGAAAAAAACACAAAGUGAUGCAACCAGUUGCUCAGCCUGGUUCUGUUGAGUGCUAAAAGAUCGCGCUGAACUCAAAUAAAUCUGAUUUAAUCUAAGCUCAACUAUGACUCAUAAAUCUAAGCUCAACUAUGACUCAUUUUGUUAUUGAGAUACGCUGCAUAUUUAAGCUAAGCAUAUACUAACAAGAAAAGAUCGAAUUAGCUUAGCAAAAGAAUCCAUUAGCAGCCGCUAAAUGUUGCUGUUAGAUGCAGGAGUUAUAUUUUUCUGUUAAAUGGAAAACUCUGACCAUCUUAGUGAUGCUAAUUUAGUAUUUAUGCUGAGAAAAUAAAUGAGAUUUUUUGCAUAAUUAAACCUUGAUUAUUAAAUCUGUUUUACAGCAGUUUAAUUCUGCUGUUAAUUUCAUGACGCGUUAAAAUUUUGUGUGUUCCUACUAGCAAGUGACAAAGGGACUUCUACACGGAAUAUAUAAGUACUGAUUUGUAGGACAGGCCACACCCACAACUGACAAACUAUAAACGACUUCGUGCUUGAUAGCGUGAACAUUUGGUCUAGGUUAUAUAACUGUAGUUAACAAUCCUCAUAAUGUCAUUCAUUGCUUUUUUUAGCAAUGACUUUUCAAGUUGCUUUUGUUUUGUUUUGAGAUGACAUCAUUGUCAUUACCACCCACUGAACUACCAGCUGUAUAACUAAAAUUAUUUCUGCCUUCUGAACAACAAAUCGUCAAGUUAUCGUCCGAUUAGAACCAGUUUCUCCAAAUAUGCUAUAACAGAAUAUUUGUUAUUUAUGUCUAUAAAAAUAUAGUUAAAAAUGUAUGAUUUUUAUUUUUCUGGCAUUUUCUGUGUACACAACCAAAUUUCUGAAAAAAAUCAGAAUUUUAAGUUUUGCUCAUGAAGCAACAAAGAACCUUCAGAAUCCAGUUCAUUUUUAAUGGCACAGUGACGUUAGGACUGAUCUGACGAGCAAAUACACUGAAAUGUGUCCAGAUCAAUGUGUUGUUAUUCUUUGUCCGAGUUUAAAGUCUGUUCUUUGAUAUGGACAUUUUGUGUGUCGUCAUGUAGAAUUUUGUUUUUGUCACAGUUUUGUUUUGGAAUGUGUCGAGUGUUGUACUGCGGACAGCUCUUGUGUUUUUGAUGUUUUCCACAUUUCAAGUUUUGUGAAAUUACGUUUGUCCAUGGUCACAGUUCUCCCAACAAUGCUUCAAAUUUGUAAUUUCUUAUCUGUUGUGACUGACAGGUAAAAAAAAAUAUUCUAAUCGGGAAAAAAAUGAUUUUGGACAAUAAUUGUGAAAUUCCUUUGCAACUUAUUUUGCAAUUAUUUGCUUUUGCCUCGUACAACAGUGUCACAGAGUGAACAGACAAGCCGGGUCUGUCGGACGGUUUCUGUUCGGAAUGUACCAUAUUGGUAAACACAAUAAAAGCCAGGUCUCAAAUCUGC